AGAGCUGGUGCAUAUACUUAUAAAAGGAUUGUGAAGAGCGUCAGGAACAGACACAUGAAAACGUGAAUGUGCUUUAUCAACGGACAGACGUGUUUUUGCUACAGAAGCUUAAGAACCCACAACUCUCUCUAGUUUGGGACGUGGUAUGUGGUAACACUACAGCGAUAGAGCGAAAGCAACAUGAAGGUGACAAUCCUGCUCAUCUGCUCCUGCCUGGUCUGGGGAGGCCUGGGGAAGCCACAGUUUCCUGACCAAGAGAAAGAUUCCCUGUUCUGGAACACAUGGGCCCAGCGUACUUUGAAGAAUGCCCUCACACUUCAGAAGCUCAAUCAAAACACUGCAAAGAACCUCAUCCUCUUCCUUGGUGAUGGAAUGGGCAUUCCCACAGUGACGGCAGCACGAAUACUGAAGGGGCAGCUAAGCAGACAGAGCGGGGAAGAGACCCAGCUGGAGAUGGACAAGUUCCCCUUUGUUGCGCUUUCCAAGACAUAUAACACCAAUGCCCAGGUGGCAGACAGUGCGGGUACGGCCACAGCAUUCCUCUGUGGGGUGAAGGCCAACGAGGGCACGGUGGGUGUGAGUGCAGCUGCCGUCCGUUCCCAGUGCAACACCACACAGGGCAACGAGGUCACCUCCAUCCUCAGAUGGGCCAAGGAAGCCGGCAAGUCAGUGGGAAUAGUCACGACAACGCGUGUGAACCAUGCCACCCCCAGUGCGGCUUAUGCCCACUGUGUUGACAGGGACUGGUACUCCGAUGGAGAGAUGCCCGCUGAGGCAGUGCGGGCGGGCUGCAAGGAUAUCGCCAUGCAGCUCUUUGAGAACAUUCCCAACAUCGAUGUGAUUAUGGGAGGAGGGAGGAAGUACAUGUUCCCCAAAAACCAGUCAGAUGUGGAGUAUCCUGGAGAGAAGAAACACUUCGGUACGCGCAUCGAUAGAAGGAACUUGGUGGAGGAGUGGAAUAACAGAAUGAAAAACAAGAACGCCCACUAUGUAUGGAACAAGAAGGAACUUUUAUCGCUAAAUCCUAAUAGUGUGGAUUACAUUUUGGGUCUGUUUGAGCCUGGAGAUCUUCCCUAUGACCUGGAGAGAAACAAUGAGACAGAUCCUUCACUGACAGAGAUGGUGGAGGUGGCCAUCAAGAUCCUAAAGAAAAACCCCAGCGGAUUCUACCUGCUGGUGGAGGGGGGGCGCAUCGACCACGGACAUCAUGACGGUAAAGCCAAGCAGGCCCUGCAUGAGGCAGUGGAGAUGGACCGGGCCAUUGGCCACGCCGGCCUCAUGACCAGCAUAAAUGACACAUUGACUGUCGUCACUGCUGACCAUUCUCACAUGUUCAACUUUGGAGGCUACACUCCAAGGGGGAACACAAUUUUUGGACUGGCUCCCAUGUUGAGUGAUGUGGACCAGAAGCCCUUCACUGCCAUCUUAUAUGGGAACGGACCAGGGUUCAAAGUAGUCAAUGGUCUGAGAGAGAACAUCUCCACCCUUGACUAUGAGGAAAAUAACUACAAGGCCCAGUCUGCAGUGCCGCUGAGUAUGGAGACUCAUGGAGGAGAGGAUGUGGCUGUGUUUGCUAAGGGCCCUAUGGCUCACCUGCUGCACGGUGUACACGAGCAGAACUACAUUCCCCAUGUCAUGGCUUAUGCUGCCUGCAUUGGCCAGAACAGAGACCACUGCAUGUCAUCCAGUAGAGCCUCUAGUCUCAGCGCUGCUCUGCCCAGCCUGACAGCUCUCCUCACACUCAUCCGCCUCCUCUGCUGACCUUUCACCCCAAUCCCCCUCCUGCACUACCCCAACCCUCCUCUUAGUAGAGGUUUGGUGUUUUUCAGUCAGAUGUAGUGUUAGGGAAAAUAAGAGGAUAUCACUUUAUUUCUACUUUAACAUAUAGGAUAAAUUGUGUUAUUUUACUUUGGUAUUGAUCACUAUUCAGGUAACACCAAAACUAUGUGAAGAAUUCUGUCAUAUCAGUUGGUUUAAGAGAAGGGUAUAUCUCUGAAUUUAUAUCAAUCAUUGUAUGGGGUAAAUAACCUCCCAGUAUUAAUGACACAGCAAUGUUGCUGCCCACCUAUAUAUUUGUUGUCUGUCAAUUCCAUGACUGGAUCAGGCAACUUUUCAAAGAAGCUAUUUCCUUUUGAAAAUUAGAAACCUAAUGUAGGGGAGAGCGAGGAAUGUUGUCACACUUUUCACACUGUCUAACAUUUACUGGGCACAUCACAUCACAAUGGUAUAAAUGUCAUACCAAAUUAAAGAAGGAAGUCUUGGGCA